CGGCCGCGGCUCUCUCUCUCUCCUUUCUCCCUGCCCUCCUCUCCUCUGGUCGGGCCGGACAUGGCAGUGACAGCAGCGGAGCUGGGGGCACACGGAGCCGGGCCGCAUACCAGGCAGGAGCCGGACGUCGGGGUGAGAACCUGGCCGGGGAAGCUGACGAGGCCCGAGGCCUGCUCGUCCUUACACCGCGGCUGCUAUUAGAGGAGGCGGCGUGUUCCUGAGGACGGGAGAAGACCCCGGGAGCCUGUGCCGCCAGCUCGGCAUGAGGAGCCCCCCGGUUAACACCUCAGCCUGAAGGGUCCUUAACAAAUGGAGAACUAUUUUGAGGAAGAAUCGUGUAACUUGGACAAAGUAUUAGAUGAAUUUGAAAAGAAUGAAGAUGAGAAUGUUUCACCAAGAUUAUUGGAUGCAAAGUGGAACCAGAUCCUAAAUCCUCCUUCUCGUUUGACAGAGAAUUCUGCACUGGACAAUGUCAGUAAAUCAAUCAUUGCCAUUGAGGCUCACCUCAAAGACAGAUCACCCAGCCUGACGCCUUGUUCUAAUGGAGAGAUUGAGUGUGUAGCCUCAGAGCUGUCCACUAUGGUGACAGAAGACACCAGCAUGGCUGAGGACAGGAAAGCCCAGCCAGAAAACAUAUGCAGUACAAAUGCUUUGCAGUGUGGAGAGGAGUCGCUGUUGGCUGAUGUUACCCUAAGUAUGAGCUGUGGUAAAAGUGCUGCUCCUGGAGAGUGUCUGACUCCUUGCAGCACUCCUACAAGACAAGCUAUGGUGAACUCUGAAAAUGCUGUGGACAAUGAAAAGACCUUUCAAACGCUGUUACAUGUCGCCGACACAAAUGAACAACCACAGAGCGACCCAGACUGCAAAACUGUGGCCCAGAUCUCUGAUACUAUUGAAGCUAGUGUAUGCAACACAGUGCAGAGACACAGUAGCAUUAAUAGUAAUUUGCCCCAUAGUGUUUGUGAAAAUAGCACUGAAAACCUUAAUAGUCCACCCAUUUCUGUGCCCCCAAUGUCUGAGGUGUGUCAGCUUUCUCCUAGCAAACUUGAUGUCUCCAGUACGGAAAAUAACAAUAAAAAUCUAUCCGGUCCUCUUGAUGGUUCAAAUAUGAUCAGUGUUCUGACUGGAGGGGAUGAUUCUAGUGAAAAUCGUCUAAAAGCCUCAUUUCUUCCAUCUACAGAUAAACCGGUAGUUAAUGUGGGUGAACACAGGCCUUUAGAUGGUGAUCAGAUUGCACUAGCAAGUGAUGGUCUCCAGUCUGUUGUGUCUCCUGGACUGGUGGUGGAGAACUUUUCAGACUCUUAUGUGAUGAAUGGAGAUGAGGAGACACUAGAUAGGGACAAAAGGUCUCAAGUAAACAAUGAACCUGAAAACUCGGACAACGUUCUGACAAAUGAUAUGGAAAGUAGCCAGUGUAAUGCUGAUGGAACGGAUGCAUUAAUAUCUCUCCAAAAUGGGUGUGAUUCCUAUGGAAUGCAAAACCCAACUGUAGCUCAUAACCCAAAGAGUUUGCCAUCGAAAGAAGACUCUGUGACGGAGGAGAAAGAAAUAGAGGAGUGCAAAUCGGAAUAUUAUGCUAAUGUUUACGAGCAGAGGGAAGAUGACCUCCUAGAGGGGAGAGGACUUUUGGUAAAUGCCGGUGGUGAGGUCUUGAAGAACCACUUGCAUAGCCUCUGCAGUCAGGGAGCACCUGCGCAUGGGCAGACGUCAAAAACGGCCAGCAGCGUGCAGCCUCUUAGUGUCCCCUAUGGUGGAGCACGCCCAAAGCAGCCCACUCAUCUUAAGCUGCAGAUUCCAAAGCCAUUAUCUGAGAUGUUACAAUGUGACCUGGUCCCCCCCAAUGCUGGCUGCAGCUCCAAAAACAAAAAUGACGUGUUAAACAAGUCAAGUCAGAAAGACAUCUUUGUGUCGGAUGUGCUCCGUGAUGAAGCUGGAAUCCGCAGCCCUGGAUUUGAUGCAAAUGGUGAUCUGCUUGGGGAUUACAGGGGCCCCAACAGUCCGUGCCUUGCAGUGUCCCCAGACAGCCCUGAUAAUGACCUCCUUGCUGGGCAGUAUGGGGUUUCUGCCACCAAGCCAUUAACAACUCUAGGGGAGGUAGCUCCAGUCUGGGUCCCUGACUCUCAAGCCCCUAACUGUAUGAAAUGCGAGGCAAGGUUCACAUUUACGAAACGGAGACAUCACUGCAGAGCAUGUGGAAAGGUAUUCUGUGCUGCCUGCUGCAGCCUUAAAUGCAAACUACUGUACAUGGAUAAGAAAGAGGCUCGUGUGUGUGUCAUCUGCCAUUCUGUACUCCUUAAUGCCCAAGCGUGGGAGAACAUGAUGAGCGCAUCGGUUCAGAGCCCAAACCCCAACAACCCCGCUGAGUACUGCUCCACGAUACCCCCAAUGCAACAGGCACAAGCUUCAGGAGCCCUCAGUUCCCCACCUCCUACUGUUAUGGUGCCUGUCGGAGUCCUAAAGCAUCCGGGAACAGAAGGGUCACAGUCCAGGGAGCAGAGGAGAGUCUGGUUUGCCGAUGGCAUUUUACCGAAUGGGGAAGCUGCUGAUGCGGGAAAAGUGAGCACAGCGCCUGCGGCUGGAAACCUGACUGUGUCACAUGACACGAACAAGUCCUCCCCGAGCAACUCCCCGUCUUCAGAGACUGAGAACACGUCUGGGUUCUGUGGCAGUAUAACUCAGGUCGGCAGUGCAAUGAAUCUUAUACCAGAGGAUGGACUCCCCCCUAUUCUUAUCUCCACUGGUGUGAAAGGAGAUUAUGCUGUGGAAGAGCGCCCCUCUCAGAUGUCUGUCAUGCAGCAAAUGGAAGAUGGCGGACCAGAUCCCCUCGUGUUUGUCCUGAACGCAAAUCUUUUGGCAAUGGUGAAGAUUGUGAACUACGUGAACAGGAAGUGCUGGUGUUUCACCACCAAAGGAAUGCAUGCCGUGGGCCAAGCCGAGCUAGUCAUCCUCCUGCAGUGCCUGCCCGAUGAGAAAUGCCUACCCAGGGACGUGUUCUGUCACUUUGUGGAAAUUUAUCGGGAAGCGUUGGCAGGUAACAUGAUUGGGAACUUGGGGCACUCAUUUGUCAGCCAAAGCUUCCUAGGCAGUAAGGAACAUGGAGGAUUUCUGUAUGUGACACCCACGUACCAAUCCCUUCAAGACCUGGUACUACCUGCACAACCCUACCUGUUUGGGAUCCUCAUUCAGAAAUGGGAGACACCAUGGGCCAAAGUUUUCCCUAUGCGGCUCAUGCUUCGUCUGGGAGCAGAGUACAGAUUAUACCCCUGUCCGCUGUUUAGUGUCAGGUUCAGGAAGCCGCUCUUUGGGGAAACUGGUCAUACAAUCAUUAAUGUCUUGGCUGAUUUCCGAAACUAUCAGUACACUCUGCCGGUUGUCCAGGGCUUAGUCGUGGAUAUGGAAGUCAGAAAGACCAGCAUCAAGAUUCCCAGUAAUCGAUACAAUGAGAUGAUGAAAGCCAUGAACAAGUCUAAUGAACAUGUCCUGGCGGGGGGCACGUGUUUCAACCAGAAGGCCGAUUCCCACUUGGUGUGUGUGCAGAACGACGAUGGCAAUUACCAGACACAAGCAAUCAGUAUUCAUAAUCAGCCACGCAAAGUGACCGGGGCCAGUUUCUUUGUCUUCAGCGGAGCUCUUAAACCGUCUUCAGGGUUCCUGGCAAAGUCUAGCAUCGUAGAAGAUGGAGUGAUGGUCCAGAUCACAGCAGAGAGUAUGGAUGCCCUAAGACAAGCUUUGAGGGAGAUGAAAGACUACACCAUAACUUGUGGGAAGGCCGAUGCAGAGGAGUCACAGGAGCAUGUCUAUGUACAAUGGGUGAAAGAUGACAAAAACUUCAACAAGGGUGUUUCCAGCCCCAUAGAUGGCAAAUCAUUGGAGUCUGUUACCAGUGUCAAGAUUUCCCAUGGAUCCGAAUACAAAGCCAAUGGCAAAAUCAUUCGUUGGACAGAGGUAUUUUUCCUGGACACUGAGGAACAACAGAGCGGCCUUAGUGAUCCUGCCGACCACAGCAGAUUGACCGAAAAUGUGGCCAAAGCCUUCUGUCUUGCACUUUGUCCACAUCUUAAGCUACUAAAAGAAGAUGGGAUGACCAGACUGGGAUUGCGGGUCACUCUGAACUCGGACCAGGUUGGAUACCAAGCAGGAAGUAAUGGGCAGCCUCUGCCUCCUCGCUAUACUCAUGACUUGGACAGUGCCUUGGUGCCAGUGAUACAUGGGGGCACAUGCCAGAUAAAUGAGGGCCCAGUAACCAUGGAACUCAUUUUUUAUAUCUUGGAAAACAUCUCAUAGGGAUGACGUAUCCUAAACUAACGAACUGCCGCUGGCUGAACCAUUUGCACUUUAAUCACAGAAGAUCCAUGUUUUUCUUUUGCUAACACUAGUACUAGGUCAGGGUGCGAGAGGCGGACACAAGAAUGCUUUAAACCUUCUAUGCAUAGCCAAUGGAGAGUGUCACGUUGCCAAGAGGGUGCGCUGUAGAAAUUUGCCCAUCCCAGAGAUUCACAUCACACAAUGAACGAACUGGGAGAUCCCGGAUGAGGCAGAAAAGGGGGAGCGAGAUGGAGGAGACAGACCCUUAUAAGUGCAACACAAUGGACAUUAUAUAUACAAUCAGGAAUCUCACUCUGACCUCAUUGAAAUCAUCGCUGCAAUUUUUUCUGCUCGCGUUCUAUAUCUCUGUCUCAUUCUAUUCAAGUUUACACUGUUAAAGACCAGCCUGAACCUCUUAAGCUGUUUGGUUUGUAUCCCUAUGUACGAUGCAUGGCAAGGAGAACGAGAUACACAGCCUGUCGUGUUGAUAUCACCUCCCAGCGCAAGUGCAUGAAACCAGUUGCUGAUGGCUGCGCUGGUUCUUAUUCGCAAGGGCAGCAAUAUUAUUUUAUACUAUUCAGGAGCGCACAAGUUGUCUCUUUUUUUGUUGUUUUGUUUUUGUUUUCUUCUUUUUGUCCACAUUACCGUCUCAUGGAUUAAACUUCAUUCGUACGACUACGUGGAGAAUGAAAGACGACUCCGUAUGAGAGGCAAGCAGAUCCGAGACAAUGCGUUAAAACAAUUGAUUUACCAAACUCAUGACCAACCCUGCGGCUCCUCCGGUGGACGGUAAUGAGAUUACGUUUACAUUACAUGUUCGUUUUCAAGACCACAUACUCUACAGCUCUGGGCGCAUUGCCGCGCUUUACCAUAUUUGCAAUCCUAGUGGGAACUGCUGCGAUGUUUAUGCCCACGUGGUGACCAUACAGGAUUGGGAAUGACACUAUCCAUAGAGUACAAUACUGUUACAGUGUGGCCAUUGUUUAAUACACCAAAUAAACUGCUUUAAUUUAUUCAUGAAAUUCAGCUUCUGGAGGGUGAUCUCAGGUCACGCUCUUCUACCCGCUUAGCCGUGAUCUUUACUCAUAUUUAUUCACUGUGUUAGUGUCCUGGUAUUACGUCUGUCAUUUCAUUACGAUUUUGCUGUCUCGCGUCCUUACGGGUUCACAGAAACCCAAUUUUUAACUAUUAGCUAAAAAAAACGAGAUUCCAGCACCUAAGUCUUACAAGGUAAACUGGGGAGUGAAGUGCACAGAUAAAUGUUUCCAUUGACUGACAGUCUAAGAUCUUAAAGGGGUACUCCAUUGGAAAAACUAUUUUUUUUUUUUCAAAUAAACUGGUGCCAGA